CAACUGACGUAACACGACAUAGAAGCAUGGCUUCCGGCUGUACCAAAAAACUCAAAGUCGUGAAAAUAAUGUUUAAUAAAUUAAAACAGGUUAAUUCUCUUGCAGGAACAUGCAUCCCUUUACUGCAUCAUCAGAGAGCUUACAAAACAGAUACAAAGGUUAAAGUUGUCCUUCCUCGACCAUUGAAAAUUGAUAGAAUAUAUGAAGAGAAAGUCGUAUCUGAUCAAACUGAAAAACCAUUGGCAAAAGAAGUGGAGCUGGCUGAUUUCAGACCAAAAGUGAAUGUUUAUGAAAGUCAACACAAUGACACACCUGAAGAUAAGGCCUUGAAACAUCCAGAUUUUUUCAAAGUGAGAGAAAUGGUCGAUAUACAUGCAUUGUACAAGAACAGAGUUUACUUUGGUCAUCAUCAAGGCUGCCGACAUCCUUUUAUGGUACCCUUUCUCUACGGAGUCCGCCAAGACACGGAUAUAAUUGAUAUAGAUAAAACUUUACCCCGUUUACACUUGGCCCUGAAUUUUAUUGCCCAUACAGUGUACAGAGGAGGGAUUGUGUUGUUUGUGUCGAGAAAUGCACAGCACAUGCCUCUGGUAGAAAAAACUGCUCAGAAUUGUGGGGAAUACUCUCAUUGUCGCUUCUGGAAAGGGGGUCUUCUGACCAACAUUGAAAGACUAUUUAGCAAUCUGACGAGGUAUCCUGAUGUUGUGAUAUUUGUCCACACACAGAACAGCAUUGGUAAUGAACACACUGCUGUGACGGAGUGUGGGAAAAUGCUAAUCCCGACCGUCGGAAUCGUAGACUCGAACUGUAAUCCAACAUUCAUUACCUAUCCCAUUCCUGGGAACGAUGAUUCGCCUGAUGCGGUGAAACUGUACUGUAAACUGUUCGAGCAAACCAUUUUACGUGCCAAAGAAUACAGGAAGAGAGAUAUGCUGGAAUCUGUUGAUAAAAGUCAAGCUGAAGGAAAGGUUGUUGGUGAGGAAAGUAGUAAAUCUAUGAAAAUGAAACAUUGAUAUUGAAAGAUUUCUACUUGGAAAAAUUAACCAUAUUUUUUCUCUCUCAAAUCUGGCUUUCUUUUUAAGUCGAUCACAAGAGGUAUAAGCUCAAGUGAGCUUUACUGAUCACUAGUUGUCCAGUGUCUAUCUGUUUGUCCAUCCGACCAUGCUUUUAUUAGAGGCCCAUGAGUUAAAAAAUUUGCCAAAUUCAAUCUUAUGAGUUACUAAAGAAUUCGAAGUUAAGAUCAUAAUUUUUGCCUGCCAAUUUGCUCAAUUACAGUAUAUGAGGUAUAUUUCAGAUAGGAAACUGACUCAGAAAUCAUAGAUGUGUCAUUUGUCCAUUGCUAUUGACUAGUUUUAUGAGUUAAAAUUGAUUGCCCAGUCCCAGUUAGGAGUUUUAAACUUUUAAAUCAUGGAUGUGUCAUUUGUGGACUAGUUUUACAAGUUGAAAUAAUUGCCUGUUGCCAUCUUAGGUUAUCUGUCUGUCUGUCCUAAGACUUCACACAUUUUCGACUUCUCCAGAACCACAAGGUCACUUUCAACCAAUGUUGUCAUAAAGGGGAUUCAAAAUUGUUCAAAUGAAGGGUCAUGCUCUUUUGAAUGAGAAAUAAUUAAGAAAUAUUGAAAAUAUGUUAACAUCUUUUAAAAAUCUUCCCUAGAAACACAGGACCAGGAAAGACAAAAGUUAUAUAUAUAAGGACUACAUAAAAAGAAACCUUUUCUCUAGAGAAAGAGUAUGGUGUUUUUAGUCAUAUUGAUAUGCAAGCAUCCACAGAUAGUUCAGAUUAAAGUUCAAAUCAUGGCUCCAGAGGUAAGAUGAGGUCUUAAUAGGGGAUCAAAGUUUUAAAAGGUAACAUGGGGGGGGGGGGGGUCUUCUCAAUACCAACAGGGUCAGUCAUAUUAAUAUGCAAGCAUGGAAGGUAGGGUGGGGCUACAAGGGAAUGUCAAUAUAUUAUUUCAUGAUCAGCAGGUUCAUGAUUAUAUUCAUAGUGCAGGUUCAUAUUAAGUAAUAUUAAUAUGCAAGCACCCUCAAGUACUGCAGAUGGAAUUUUCUUCAGAUCAUGGGAGGGUGGGUGGGUGUAGGAGAAUGGGGCCUCAAUAAGGGAUUGAAGUUUGAGUUUGAAAUAACAAAAAUAUAUCUAUAUACAGUAAUCUUAUCAAAAACCCACGAUUAGACACAUGUAAUAUGCAAGCAUUCCAAUGUAGUGCAGGUAAAGUUGGACAUAAAUUAAGAUUCAAAGUUUUAUAUGGAAAAGUAUAGGAAAUUGAGAUAAGAGUAACAAUAUGCAAACAUUCCUAAAUUGGUGUGAAUUUAAAAAAAAUCAUUAGUUACCCUAGGGUUAGGGUAAGGCUAAAAGUUAAAAACCCUCUAAAGAAAAUCAGGGUUAAGGUGACUUAGGUGAGCAUUGUGGUCCAUGGGUCUCUUGUUUCAAUGUGUUUCGCUUAUCAUUGUGUUUCAACAAGAUUAUUGCAGUGAGUAGUAAGUACAUGUACAUGUUUUGAAAACUUAGAUGUAUUUCUUAUAUCAUAUGUAUCUGUAAAUAUGUAAUCAGGUAUUAAAUGAUAUAAAUAUUA